GUUAGGGAUUGAUCGGCACAGCGGCAAUUUUUACGAAGUAUUUUGAGUGGUGGUACCUAGCGGUAAUUUUUAAAACUAAAAGUCCUUACCAAAACAUUCAAUGUGAGUAGGCGGCUGACUGAUGUGUGAGAGUUAUAUCGUGUCAGUUACGACGUUUACGACAGUUACGACGUGUGUUCAUAUUAGAUAUCGUAUAUACACGAUCAAAGAAUGGAUGACGCUGAACAAUCGUUUGAUAUUGGUCAGUUGUCCGCUGAAGUGCAACAGUUGGAAAGCAGAUUUGGAUACGUGAAGAGACUCGAGACUGCGAACAUAGUUAUUCGAGAAUAUGAAACAUUGACAGUGUCUAAAUUUUCAUGCUACAAGGCUGACAAAAACUUCGGACACCGUGACCUGAGUAGUCUUAAUGGCGGAUACAGGAUUCACUGGGAGGAUCGUGACAGAAGUUCUUGCACCCUGAAAUUUGAUCGAAUACCGUACAUCAUACUGGGAGUGAAGCUAUACGACUGCCACCACGGAAUUGAUCGCCAAGCGGCAGCUAAAAGGCUAAAAGUCAUAGAAGCUGAAAGGGCUGAACAGCAUGGCUGUAAAACAAAAAAACAACCGAAUACUAAGAAAUUUUCUUGCAAGGCAAGCAUAAAAAUUCGUGAGAUAUUGAAAUUUCCAGAAUUCCAGAUUGUAGAAAACACUGUGUACAAGAGAAAACUUGCCUCAAACAGUUUACGGGCUGCCGUUGCAUCAUCCACCAGUAAAAUGGGAGAGAAACGGCUUUACAUACAUUUGCCUUCAGAGUGUGAUCACACUGGGCAUUUAUUAGGAGAGGGCAGCUGUAUAUCUCAACCUUUGGAUUCGCGGAUCAUCAAGAAAGUGUUUGCUUUGGUCGACGAGGGUGUGCGUGACAUAUCUGUGAUAGAAACGCUCAUCCGGAGAUUUGUCGCCGACGAACUCUUCAUUGGGCGUGAACCCCCGUCUUAUCUCAACAAACGCUUUCAUCCUAGCAGGGCUGCUAUCCGUGAUCACGCGAACCGAGCGAAAUCGGCCGGCCGUGCACGCUGCAGGAUAGCUACGUCGUGUCGAGAUAUAUGCGAUGAGAUAUCUAAUCUGACCUAUCGCAUUCACGAUGUAACGACACUCUCACACCUGGAACUGCUGUUGAAGGGCUGCUUGAAUUCAUUAAGGUUUGCACCACAGGAGGAUGGUGUUUCGAUGAAUUCAAGCAGGAAAAAUAAAUUGGUUAUUCUGGACAAACGACUUGAGAAAGAGACGCCAUUGGAAUCUGUUCGAGAGGUGCAAGAGCAGGAGUUGGAUCCGUCAACGUUUAGCAUACGUAGUUUGACGACCAGAAAACGGUACCAUGCUUCUUCUCGCAGAGUUGCAGGGAAACCGGACUGCAUGAAGAAACAGCUUUACAUUAAUGUGAUAGUAACGGAUACACCAUCACAGAUCGCUACAGAAACAACGCGUGACAGAGUAGUUGUGACGGAUAUGUCAUCUCAUCUCUCUACAGAAACAACGUGUGACAACGUAGUUGUAACAGAUGCACCGUCACAAAACUCUAAUUAUGCAACGUGUGACAAUGUGAAACAAGGUCAUGAAAUUUGAAAAUAUACAACCAUAGCUGUGGAAGCAGGAUUCGAACCAGCCUUUAAACUUUCAAACUGCAUUAUACAAACAGUAAAUAGUUUACCCGGGUGUUGUUACAAUCUAUAAUUAUGAGUACCAACAGUAUAAAGUCAUAAAAUCUAAAAAUAUCCAAAUUUCUCUGCUAACCACAAUGGCAUUCCUGUCAAUCACCUGGCAGGAAUGCAAUUGUGGUUAGCAGAGAAAUUUGGAUAUUGCAUUCCUGCCAGGUGAUUGGCUAAACCAUCAAGUGUAUAGUUGUUGUGGAAUCAUAAUUAGUUGCUAGUGCAGAUGACGUACGAUGGCUUUUGGCAUUGGAAAUAUAUUCUAAUUCUGAACAUGGCAGCACAUGGGGGCAGGCCAUGGCGAUAGAAAAGAUGUUCUGCAUGUGAUGUGGUAUAGUAGUGACAGAGCAGAACGUGCUCACAGUGAUCAGGUCGGCGAUUUUAGGUAUUUGUUUUGCAUAUAAUACAGCUUUAUGUUUAGAGCCCACGAAUAUAAUGAGAAGGUUUCCAUAUCGUGUCAUGAAAGUCUUUCUAUAAAUUAUUUCUGUCUUUAUUAUAGAAUUGUCUACUACUUGACUUAUUAAUGUAGAGUUGGCAUGCCCCACGUCUGUUCGGGGGAGUUUUACAGUGGGCUUAUAUAUCGUAGUUCUUUGAUAAAAAAAACGUUGAUCAAAUAUAUAUUGCAGUAACAAUUAUUA